AACAAACCACUCAGUGGAAACGAGGCUUUACUGAGUGGAAAUGCUCGCCAGAAUUAACUGGGAGGGGGACCUGGUUAGAGACAAGAUGGCGGCUAAAGAUCAUAGUCCAGAACCAGAACAUCUCAUGGUCCUGCUCACAACCCCAAGGCAAAUUUCUGAUGAACUACUUCCGCUCUGCAGAAACUAUGUCCUAAAAAAACAACAUAGGUUUUCAUGAUUUUGGCAGAAAAAGUAUAAUCAUAAUUAAAAGACAACUGGGAACGAUUGUACAAUAGGUCAAAAGAUGACUGAUGUAAAUACUUUACACUUUUUUUUUUCUCAAGUCUGAAAAGCUUUUUAAUAUUAAGCUAUUUUCCCUUUUAUUAUUUUUUUUUUUUACAAUGAUGGAUACAGAAACCUGACAGUGUUUAAAACUUUGUCUUAAAUUAUUCUAUAAAUUGUUUUGCAAAUCACAGCAAAUAAAGAAGAAAACUGAAUUACUUUAAAGACAAAUUUUGUGGCAUCCUUAAAAUCAAGGAAUUGAUUCGGACUGACAUAAUACAAAAUUGUGAGGUAAACCACUAUCUAGAAGAGACAAAAUAAUAACCCUCUCAAACCAAAUUCUAACUUUCUCACAUGUAAAAAUAAAGUUAGAAAUAAACUGCAAUGAGACAAAGAAAGCAGGAAAUGAAACUUUCAAAAUAAUAGCAUUAUACAGUAGUAUAAAAUAUAAAUAUAACUUGUAAAUGUGACUCUUCUUUCUUUCAUUUAAUGGGAUGAAUCAUCAAUCUAAUAACUAUUAUUUGAUAACUUGAAAACUACACUAUGUAGAUUACUGAAUUUUUCAAUUAAAAUUAUAAAUAAGAUGUAAUGCUAAUUUAAAUUUGGUAAUAUAGUAUGUUUUUAUUUGCAGAAUGUACUAACAAUAUCCUCUAUUUUAUUAUUUGAAUUUUGUACUAUACUGAUUAUAAUUAGUAUAAUUGUCUAAUUAUGGCAUGACUGUGUUUAAGUGAAUGAUUUGAGUAGUGUUCUUAAAAAUGUGUUACUUUAUUACAUAAUUAUCGAGGAGUUAAACCAUAUGUGGCGUUAAAUGAAUAAAUAAACGAAUAAUUUAGUCAUUUUGGAGCAUUUUAUUUUGGGUUUCCUUCAGGAAACUCCAUCAGGUUUCAUGCUAGCUUGCGCGCUACAUGCCCGCGCGCGCAGCUGCUCCUUUCAUUUUUUUUUUAUAUAUUUUAAAUUUCUUUCUUUUUCCCCCCUCUUCCUCUCGCUGAGAGUCAGCGACAGAGCGCGGAGCUGGCGCCUCCAGCCAGAGGGAUCCCACCUCUGAAGGACUUCAGACGGGAGGAGAACGCCGCCUCCGCUUGACUGAAGAGUGUCGGUGUUGUAAGUUUUGCCGGAAAACAAAGUGCUCCGAUGGACUCCGCGGCUCCAGUCGCUCCUCUUGUCUUGGGCUUUGCGUCUCUGCGCUCAACUGUGUGGUAGACUUUCUCGGGGGACAUCUUUCAUAUUUCUAUUAUUUUUUUCCCGGGUAUCGGUUUAUUAUUUACCUCGUGAAUGCAGCCGUCGGCGUCAAAGCCCCGCAGGAGGAGCCUGUCAUAGGGAAUCAGGAUUUCUCUGCCGCCGCUGCUGAACAUGUGGAUGAGGAAUAUGUCCCCUAAGAUGCUGCUCUUGCUGCAGAUACUGAGCUGUUUGCCCCUAACUGGAGCGGCUCCUUCUCUGACCACCGAGCAGCUGGACAUGGGGGUGGACUGGCUUAGUAAGUUUGGUUACCUCCCCCCUCCAGAUCCAGUGACUGGCCAGCUUCAAACCAAGGAGGCGCUGACUAGAGCCAUCAAAGCCAUGCAGAAGUUUGGAGGACUGAAGGUGACUGGGCUCUUAGAUCAAGCAACUCUAGGUUUGAUGAAAACACCCAGAUGCUCCCUGCCUGAUGUAUCUGAAGUGGAUGUAGCAACCAGACGCAAAAGAAGAAGCUCAAGCCAACAGAACAAAUGGAAUAAGCGACAUCUGUCCUGGAGAGUGAGGACCUUCCCCAAAGACUCGGCUCUGUUGGGCAGAGACACCGUCCGAGCUCUCAUGUACUACGCCCUGAAAGUCUGGAGCGACAUCGCGCCUCUCAACUUCCACGAGGUGGCCGGGAACGACGCCGACAUCCAGAUCGACUUCACCAAAGCCGACCACAACGACGGAUACCCCUUCGACGGUCCGGGAGGAACGGUGGCCCACGCGUUCUUCCCCGGAGAGAGAUUCACAGCCGGAGACACGCACUUUGAUGACGACGAGGCGUGGACGUUCAGAUCACCGGAGUCUCAUGGGAUGGAUCUGUUCGCAGUGGCAGUCCACGAGUUCGGUCAUGCCAUCGGCCUCGUGCACACCUCCGCCAUGGAGUCCAUCAUGAGACCGUAUUACCAGGGUCCAGUGGGAGACCCUCUGAAAUAUGACCUGCCCUACGAGGACAAAGUGCGAGUCUGGCAGCUCUAUGGUGUUAGAGACUCAGUGUCAUACACAAAUCAGCCUGGCGGCGCCUCCCAAACGCCUGAUCCUCCUGUGCUGCUGGAUCUACCUGACAACAGAUCCACUCCCCUGCUGGUGCAGGACGCCCCAGACAGAUGCACCAGUCGCUUUGAUGCCGUGGCCCAAAUACGGGGGGAGGCUUUCUUUUUCAAAGGGAAAUACUUUUGGAGACUAACAAGAGAGAAGCACCUGGUGUCUUUGCGUCCGGCUCAGAUCCAUCGCUUCUGGAAGGGUCUUCCUCCCAAUUUGGACAGCGUGGAUGCUGUGUAUGAAAGACCAGGAGACCACAAAAUAGUGUUUUUUAAAGGUCUGAAAUAUUGGGUCUUUAAGGACAAUAACGUGGAGGAGGGUUACCCUCGUCCAAUCACGGACUUUGGCUUACCAGUGGAAGCCGUAGACGCGGCCUUUGUGUGGCAGCACAAUGACAAGACCUACUUCUUCAAAGAUAACCAGUUUUGGCGCUACGAUGACCACCUGCGACACAUGGACAUGGGUUACCCAAAGGAUAGUAUACUUUGGAAGGGACUGCCGCCCCACCUGGAUGACGCCAUGAGAUGGUCCGAUGGCUCAUCCUAUUUCUUCAAUGGGAAGGAGUACUGGCAAGUGCCGGGGAGCGACAUGGAGGUGGAGGCGGGGUACCCUCGCCUCAUUGCGAAGGACUGGCUGUUCUGCACGGAGAUGCAGUCGGACUCUCCGGACACGGAGGCCAAAAGCACAGAGACGAGAGUCAACGUGCACCGCCACCCCGACCACGCAGAGAAUGGAUUCGAGGUGUGCUCCUGCACCUCCGACACCGCCUCGCCUUUAGGUGUCCACCCACCCCCGUGCCCCAUGUGGCUACUACCCCCGUUCUGGACGCUCUCCUUGGCUCUCCGCUCUGAGCUGCUUUGAUACUAAAGCAUGGGACUACGUUUUACUGCUGGGUUUUAACAGAGACUUUUCGGUGACCCAGCCAAAUCAAACAGGAAGGAGUUCUUCAUAUAUUAUUGAUUUUUUUCUUUUGUUAUUUAUUUCACGCAGUAAUUUCAAGCGCCUGCAGUGUAGGUCUUACAUUCUGUAACCAUUAGCAGGCAUUUAUCCACUGACAGCAGUGCUGGGCUGUGCAAAUGAAGCUUCACAAAACCACCACUGAUGUAUACAUUACUUUACCAAUGGCCUCCAUUGGCUUGAGGGCUGACUGAAUGGGAAUGUUCAGACAAACUGAGAACAGAAACAUUUGGACACUGACGUCAUUCUUACUAUCGUAAUCUGGGUCUUAUAUGUAUUCAUGUUGGAUGAGGGAAUUUUCACUGAAACAUUUGAUUUAUUGGAUCUUUUUUAAACAAAUAAUGUACAAAUUAUUAUUUUAAAUAUUAUUUAGCCAGUAAUGACCAAAGAUUGAGGACUUUUGGAAGACUUGAACUGUAUCUGUCUUCACGUUAGUCCUUCUGAUGUUACAAAUAAAAAAACAGCUUGACUGGUUUGAGAUCAAAUAACCAACCAUCUGUCAGACUGGAGCCAACAUGGUUGCAGUUCCUCAAAUCACCACCAGAGGCUGCUUUUUCCUAUUGACUCCAAUGUUAAAAGUCCACUUUUACACCAAACAAUUAAUUUAUUGACAGCCAGGUUUUAUGAAUAUUUUUGUUACAUCAUGAUGUGAAUUGUUUCUUUAAAUCAACUGAUUUGAUUUUAUUAGUGCUUAAAUUUGACUUAGAGAUGUGCACACAUUCUCAGGCCCACCUCGUCUUAUAUGGAUGUAUGUUUCGGGCCCCCUCCCCUGUUGGCUGUUCCCAUUAAAUCCCGGGUCCCCAACACUCUGGACGCGUUACCAGAUGCGGAACCAGAACCGGGUUAGGGUACCAGUCCGCGCCACGGGGGUUGGGGACCCCUGAUUAGCAACUGUGGGACUCUCAAGCGGCCCUCGGACCGGUACCGGUUCACGCCCCGAAGUUUGGGGACCCAUGGUUUAAUGGGAACAGCCAGCACGUCCAAAAAUGGCGAAUUGGGGACACUCAAAAUGUCAAAAAGUAAUCCGGAGGGGGUCCAAACCAUUCAUCCACGUGAGUUGGAAGUGAGAAUGCGCUAGAUUGGCAGGUGGAAGAACUAAACAAAACUCUCCUUUGACUUUGUUCUACUCAUUUUUGGAACAUUGUUAAGGUGGGUGGAGUAAGCUAAAGUUCAUGCACUUCCUGACGCACUAUAGGCUUCAUUUUUUGGCAUUCAGAGUCUAAGGGGUGACCUCAGAGAUUACUUGUUGAGAGUUUAUAAAUCUAUGGAUUAAUAGUCCACGUAGUGUGAUGGACUGACAGGAUGUACCUCUUUUGCCUAAAAGUGGCUUGGAUAGGCUCCAGCAACCCCAAUAGAGACUAAUUAGUACAUUGAUACAUUUAACACAAGCCUGUGGUUCAAACUACAAGUGGAAUUUGUUCAGUUUAGCAAGAAAAACGGGUUUCACAUUGCACUUCUGAGGGUGGACCAAACAACCAGGACACGGUCCAACAGUAACAAAAGUAUUUUAAAAAAAAAACAUUACUGGAAGUUCUAACAACUUUCACUUCUCAUUUGUCUCACCUAAAUUUCAAAUUUUGAAACAUACACAAGGUUUUGGUUGGAUUACCUCAGAUCCAAAGAUGGAGAUCAGCUUACAUCCUCAUUGAACAUGAACACUAGGCUGCUUUUAAAGCCCUGCAUUGUGAGUGUCUAAAUGUUUCUGGAUCUGCAUGUUCACAUGGAACUCACUAGGAUUUUCUUUUUUAAGUUUGCAGAAUAAAUGAAUGGCAGCUUGGGGAAACUAAAAAAAAAAAGCAUUUAUGCAAGCCAAAACACCAACAUACGUUUUUGAAAUAUGGCUUCUUGUUGAGGGGAACAUCCUUAUUUUAAUUCACAAACAAAGAAGCGAAGCUACCCUCUUCAUUUUUUUAGUAGUUUAACUGUUUUAUUUUCAGUCUUCUUAUACAGCUCGAGGCAACAAGGUGAAAAGCAAUUUUCCCCAAAGUGUCAAAACUAGAACUUAAAAUAGAGACUGACAAGCAAAACUUCCCUUUAGCCUCCAAACUGUCUGUUGUCUACCAGGCUGACGCCUUCUCCCAGCUUUAGACAGACUGUACUUGGUAUAAAUCAUGACCAAGGUCACAGUUUAGGUCCACGGGUCCUGAAGGAAGAGACAGGACGGUAACUGAGCCGCAUUUAGACGUGGAAGCGCGGCGAUAAAUGACAUCCUCGGUUAUCAAAGUUUGACAAUUGAAUGACACCCUGGCAGCUAUCAGUGCAGACAGGUGAAAGCGCCCCGAGAUGUCGAGCAGACAGAUAGUUAGCUUUACGGAUAAGUGGCACCGUGGGAUUCGGACAGGAGGGAUGAAUGGCGUGCUGCGUGUCGGUGGUCGACUGAGUGGCAUUUAGUCCCAAAAAAGAGGAAGACAAGCGACGGCCAACGGGAAAAUGUCACUUUGAGACGUGAGACUUUAAGACUCCCAACUCUGCUUGAAGCCAUUAUCUUUGCUUAAAUUCUUUACCUGCAUGAGGUUACCAUCAAGGGCGGAUCUGAAUUUAAGAGUAGAACUCUUUAUCUAAAGAUAAAACGAAGCUCUUAAUCAAAAUUCUGCCCCCGGAAAGUUCCUGCUUGUGUGCAAACACUUGGCUUUGCGUCCAGACUGUUUAGUUUGAGAUAGACUUUUCUCCACUCUAAACUUGCUGCUCUUGAAUAAUCUCCAGGAUGUCCCCUACAGCCACUUCUACUUUAUCUGAGUCCAGAUGAUCUUUUACUAGAACGAAUCCCCUAAUCUUAGAAGGAACUCUCCUAUACGCUUUGUGAAAAGGGUAAUAUCUCCGGCUAACCCCUUCAUUACAGAAUGUGUUCGACCUGAGACGGAUUUAAAUGGAUCAUUUGACAGUAUAGCAUUUGUAAUUUUUUAAGUAAUUUUUUAAGUGUUAGCACGAUCAAUGU